AGGAGAUGACCAGAGACUGCGGACAUAGUACAGGAGAUGACCAGAGACUGCGGACAUAGUACAGGAGAUGACCAGAGACUGCGUACAUAGUACAGGAGAUGACCAGAGACUGCGGACAUAGUACAGGAGAUGGACCAGAGACUGCGGACAUAGUACAAGAGAUGACCCGAGACUGCGGACAUGGUACAGGAGAUGACCAGAGACUGCGCACAUAGUACAGGAGAUGACCAGAGACUGCGGACAGUACAGGAGAUGACCAGAGACUGCGGACAUAGUACAGGAGAUGGCCAGAGACUGCGGACACAGUACAGGAGAUGGCCAGAGCCUGCGGACACAGUACAGGAGAUGACCAGAGCCUGCGGACACAGUACAGGAGAUGACCAGAGACUGCGGACACAGUACAGGAGAUGACCAGAGACUGCGGACACAGUACAGGAGAUGACCAGAGACUGCGCACACAGUACAGG